AUGGCGAGCCUCAGGUCAUACGGAUCUCACUCGUCGCUUCCUCAGGCUACCUCCAACCUUCCCUCUAUAGCGCAGGCAGCUUCCUCUGUACAUCACUCUUUGGACGGGGUCUCUGUGUCUAACACGUUCGGAAUAGAUAACGAUACCGAAUCUCAACGCGUUAUUCGCGCACGUAUGACGCUCCGUGAGGAUAUCGGAAAGCUGAGGGACGAAUCGACACUCAGAUUUGAUACCAUCGAGACCGAUAUCGAGAGUAUCAAGCUCACUCUGGAUAAGCAUAAUGAGAGAUUCACUUCCAUCGAGACCGAUGUCAAGGAUAUCCGGGUCACUCUCGGCGAACAAGGCAAAACUUUAGCAGAUCAUAGCGCUCAGUUCACAUCCAUCAACAAGAGGCUGGCUUCCAUCGAGAAUACGUCACGCUCGCAGCAUGAUGGACUUCAAAAUCAGCUGUCAGAUUUAAAUUUCCUUGUCAAUGUUAUGGCCCUCACUCUCGGGAUCCCCCUCCCCUUGGAUAAAUCGCAGUUUCCCCAAAUACUAGCUAACCUCUCCAAGACCCAGCUCACUGCUCAACCCUCGACGCUCUUCCCUCCGUUGGAACCCAUCCAAUUUUCUCGUAUCCGUGCCCCAUCCGACUCUCCCUCUCCUGGCCCUUCUACUCGCAGGCUUCCAAAUGCUGAGAGGGUCGACUUUCCCGUCAAUCCCUCCGAAGUUGAUGUGCAUCAGCUACUUUCCGAAGCCCGUGCCGACACAGGCCCGGAAACCAAGCAUGCAGUCAAGGGACUCCUCCAGAAUCUCAAGACCGUCAUCAGGAGCGUGAGUUCGAAGAGUCUCAAGAGCUCCAAGAGCGUCAAGAGUUUCAAGACCACGAAUUAA